AUGAAGCCCGUCACCCUCGCCGCCGCGGUCCUGUCGAUGUGCCUCUCCCUCGCCAGCGCGGGCAUCGUCAUCACGCCCAUACGCCCUGAGCAGGUCGUGCCCUCCAAUCCCGACGACUGCUUCUUUGGCGUCACGACACCAAGUGGAUGCGGACCUCUCCGGAGCUCAUGA